AACUUCACACCUCGACGACACCUUUGCGCAACAUCACAAUGAGUUCCAACGAACAUGAUGCCGAGGCCCUCGUGCGCUCCGAUGACCCAAGUCACCCCGCGAAUCACAUCUGCACGCUCUGCGCAAAGUUUUACAGCUUGGGCUGGGUGACGGGCACUGGCGGAGGAACAAGCAUACGCCAUGAAGACAAGAUUUACAUUGCGCCCAGCGGCGUACAGAAAGAGCUCAUGAAGCCUACCGAUAUGUUUGUUAUGGACUUCAACAGCAAGGAGUACUUGAGGAGACCACAGGUCCUCAAACCCUCAGCGUGCACGCCUCUCUUCCUUGCGGCCUUCGAACGCGGCGCUGGCUGCUGCAUCCACACACACUCGCAAUGGGCCGUCCUCGUGACCCUCCUCGUUGAGCGCGAUUUCGGAAAAGACGCAUGCUUUGAGAUCGAAGAGAUUGAACAGAUCAAGGGCAUACCGAAAGGAAGAGGGAAGCAGGGUAACCUAGGUUACUAUGACCGUCUACGUAUACCCAUAAUCGAGAACACCGCGCACGAGGAGGAUUUGAGGGAGAGCUUGGAGGAGGCGAUGGAGAAAUACCCCGAUUCGUACGCGAUUCUUGUCAAGAGACACGGCAUCUACGUGUGGGGAGAUAACGUACACAAGGCGAAGACGCAGUGCGAGAGUAUCGAUUAUAUUCUUCAGCUGGCAGUGGAGAUGAAGAAGCUGGGUCUGCCAUGGACGAAGUGAAGAGACGGAGAUACUCUGGGCGGACUUGGACGUAAGUGGAAGGGCAAGUAUAUGAGGACUUAAGAGAAGUCCUUAGCUGUCAUAUCUUUCCCAAUCGUUCCGCCUUCGAUCUCCUGCAUCAACCAAAGAUUUACAGUGAUAUCUUCAGUGUUUU